CUCUCAGAGGGAAGCACAAGGAUACGAAUGUCCCGGUCAACGGUAUGGACAUUGCUCGCCGAUGAACUGCUCCGAGAACCCGAAUGGGAGCAAUUAAAACUAGAUGUCGAUCGUUGUGUGGAUUUACAUAAUGAAAUAGUUCGAUUAGGAUGGGAGGGGUCAGGCCGCGAUUAUCAGGACUUUGUCCCCACUCACUGGAAAGACGACUCAGAAGAAGCACGCAAGACCCUGAACCCUGAUUUGAUGUCGUUUCUUCAACGCGCCGACUACUCCCCUGAACAUUCAUUUCAUUUCUGGGCGAGCGGGCUUUUCAAUCUGGAGAAUAUGUUCUUCUGGGACAGUCUCUUCCAGCAUAAGAUAGAAGAGGAAAAGAGAUUCGUCAAUCUAUAUCAUGCCACAAGCAUCUGGUCGCAUCAGGUUGGCAUUGUUUAUGAUCAGGUUACCAACGCCGCAAUCAUGUGUACGUAUAUCGAUGAUAUUGGAUGGAUAACCAACGGUCGAAUAGGGUGGUACCCCUUGGAGUCUAUCCUAGAAGCCUGGCUAGAUAUGAUCAAAAGCGGAAAAGUCAAAGCUAUACGAGAGAAUGAAGAUUCUGAGCUGAUGACAUUUCCCCCGUGGGCUUUGGUUCCAUAUACCGAACAGGACUUGCAAGAAACGCUCGACGCAUUCGACAAUCUCAUAGAAGCCAUCCAGGACCGUAUGCCUGGUGCACUACCAGAUCAAAGCACAGUACAACAUGGCUUAGUCGACGAGCAUGAUCUCGACGAAGCCAACAUAUUGGAUGGAUUCGCGCGUAAAUUUCUACUGCGUGCACGUCGGCCACACUUCGAAUACAUCGCACCAGGCCUGAAAACCAUUAAUUCGGAGAAAUUCGCACGAAGCGAGUUCAUGCAAGUUUUCCGCAAGCACGAUUACGUGUAUCACGAUGAAGAUAUCGAUGUUCCACCCAUUCCCGUCUUUAUCUCUGACGUAGACUGCAAAGACCCAGUCCCCCAAACUAAAUUCCAUGAUCGCAAUUUCCAAUACCCUUACAACCUGGUGGAACGGUAUUCCGCGGGUCUCUACCUAGAGGCCGUGAGCUUUAGUCUCAGUCGGUGGGACGAUCAGACGAUAUUCGUUCUGCCAUACGGUAUAGGGUCACGCCGACAUGCGCGGAAAAGCGAUGGUUCUUUAUAUGGCGAGAACCCCCACGAUGACACCCCUAUCGCGAAAGACACAACUGCGGAUCUGUACCAGGCGGGACAUAGACCUUUCGGCGAUAGACAUGGACCCCAACUCGUGCAAAUUCUACAGCAUUGGCUGAUGAUGGUCGAGAAUGGGCAUUGGAUGGUGGGGGCCGAGGGGGUCGAAGGCGGCAUCGACGAGUGGAAAAAAGCUGAUAGGAGGGGGACGUGGGAGCUGUAUGUUCUACCGCAAUCGGUGUGA